GAGCCCAAGGGAGUCUCAAAGUUUGUCUGGAGCCUUAGUGGGGAGUGGGCUUGUGGCGCGAGGACUUUCUUGGAAUGAGCGCUGCCUUUUUGCCUUCCUUUUGGAUGCACAGCCCGAUUUAACCCCUGCACCUUCCGCCCGAUCCCAGCAGGCUUGUCCUCCCCGGGGAGUCACAGAUCUCCGAGGACACGGGUCGUGUAGCAUUCGGCAGGGCUCUUCCGAGUUCCUGCUCCAGUGCAUAAGAUCCACGCGCGCACACGCCAAGCACACGGGGAGAGGCGUCUCACCGGUCCGCGGCGGCUCUGCGCGGUCCCCUCCUGCCUCAGCAUCCUCGGCCCUGCGCGGCGCCCACCGCCAUGGAGGUGCUGGAGAGCGGGGAGCAGAGCGUCCUGCAGUGGGACCGCAAGCUGAGCGAGCUGUCAGAGCCCGGAGAGACUGAGGCCCUCAUGUACCACACGCACUUCUCGGAGCUCCUGGAUGAGUUUUCCCAGAACGUCCUGGGCCAGCUCCUGAAUGACCCUUUCCUCUCAGAGAAGAGCGUGUCGAUGGAGGUGGAGCCAUCUCCAACAUCACCAGCACCUCUCAUCCAGGCUGAACACAGCUACUCUCUGAGCGAGGAGCCCCGGACUCAGUCACCAUUUACCCAUGCGGCUACCAGCGACAGCUUCAAUGAUGAGGAGGUGGAGAGUGAGAAAUGGUACCUGUCUACAGAGUUUCCUUCAGCUACCAUCAAGACAGAGCCAAUCACAGAGGAGCAGCCCCCGGGACUUGUCCCUUCUGUCACUCUGACCAUCACAGCCAUUUCCACUCCUUUUGAAAAAGAAGAGUCCCCUCUGGAUAUGAAUGCUGGGGGGGACUCCUCAUGCCAGACACUUAUCCCUAAGAUUAAGCUGGAGCCACAUGAAGUGGAUCAGUUCUUAAACUUCUCUCCAAAAGAAGCCUCCGUGGAUCAACUGCACUUACCACCAACACCACCCAGUAGUCACAGCAGUGACUCUGAGGGCAGCUUGAGCCCCAACCCACGCCUGCAUCCCUUCAGCCUGUCUCAGGCCCACAGCCCUGCCAGAGCCAUGCCCCGGGGCCCCUCUGCCUUGUCCACAUCUCCUCUCCUCACAGCUCCACAUAAGCUGCAGGGAUCGGGCCCCCUGGUCCUGACGGAGGAGGAGAAGAGGACCUUGGUUGCUGAGGGCUAUCCCAUUCCCACCAAGCUGCCCCUGACGAAAUCUGAGGAGAAGGCCCUAAAGAAAAUCCGGAGAAAGAUCAAGAAUAAGAUUUCUGCCCAAGAAAGCAGGAGAAAGAAGAAAGAAUACAUGGACAGCCUGGAGAAAAAAGUGGAGUCUUGUUCAACAGAGAACUUGGAGCUUCGGAAGAAGGUGGAGGUGCUGGAGAACACCAAUAGGACUCUCCUUCAGCAACUUCAGAAGCUUCAGGCUUUGGUGAUGGGGAAGGUCUCUCGAACCUGCAAGUUAGCUGGCACACAGACUGGCACCUGCCUCAUGGUCGUUGUGCUUUGCUUUGCUGUGGCAUUUGGCAGCUUCUUUCAAGGCUACGGGCCUUAUCCUUCUGCCACCAAGAUGGCUCUGCCCAGCCAGCAUCCUCUGUCGGAGCCAUACACAGCCUCCGUGGUGAGAUCCAGGAACCUGCUAAUCUAUGAGGAACACUCUCCCCUGGAAGAGUCGUCCAGCCCAGCCUCAGCAGGGGAGCUGGGGGGCUGGGACAGAGGCCCCUCUCUGCUCAGGGCAUCGUCCGGGCUUGAGUCCCUGCCAGAAGUGGAUCUUCCCCAUUUUAUUAUCUCUAAUGAGACCAGCUUGGAGAAGUCAGUACUGUUGGAGCUUCAGCAGCACCUGGUCGGCAGCAAACUGGAAGGGAAUGAAACACUCAAGGUCGUAGAACUGGAGAGGAGAGUGAACGCCACCUUCUGAGGAGAUCUCCACCCUCCUCUUCUCCUAACUCCAUCUGAGCAUCCUUUACGUUCCCCCUUCACCACUGGAUCUCUAGGAGGAGAUGGACUAGUGUUACGGCUUGAGACGGGAGGCCAGCCCAGGGGAUCCUGCUCGUGUGUCCCCAUGGCUCUCCACACAAGGGAGCUAGCACCUCUCCAUCCCUUUCUCUUACUGCCAUUGGAAAUUAUUUUAGGGCUGAGGUAGGGGGUGGAACGAGCAGGCUUGUUUCCACCAAUAGUGCCAAGAAGACACUGCCUGAUUCUUCCCCGGGAGGAGUGACUCCUCUGAAGAAGACAAGACUCGUGUUCAGUUGAGACCCCAGACUCUAGCCACACACAUGCCACAGACAUGCCAGGGAGUGGGCAAAGCACUGACCCCUGAGUUCCCUUGCUCACUAGGACUCCAGUGUGACCCCGCACUGUGAGGACCAAAGCAUCAUUCCGGUCUUAUCUCCACCCUGCACCCCGGAGUCCUGAUUGGAUGCCUGCACAGGCAGACAGGGAGGCUCCCACCAUCUUUUCAGGCCGCAAGUGCAAUUCCUGAAGGCAUCAGGCUCUUCUCUCCCAGGCUCUCCUGCCCACUGUGUUGCUUGUAGGACCCCACCCGCCCACCCAUACAUAGCCUGCAUCCCCGCAGGACAGUAGCUCUGUCUCCCUGGCCUCCCUUCCCCAUUUGUAAAUAGUAUUUAUUAGCUUGCUCAAGCUCCCAGCUGACCAUAGUGAAAAGAUUUCCCCUUCCAACCAGCAAAGUCUUGGGUUGGCCUUUGGAACAGGAGAGUCCCCAGAAUCUGGGACCCCAGUCUUUGUAGUUGAUGCCUUGUUUCCCCCUUUUCUUCUUUAAAAUUGGGGACCUCUAAAAUCAUCGCUGCUGAGGAAUCCCCUUAGGCAUGCAUGUGUCCCCUGAUGGCUGAUACAUGGGAAUGGUGGAUCCUGUCUUCUGACGCAGGCUCUGGGCUCCACGGUUUCCUUGCUCUGGUCCUGCCACCCAGAAGGAAAGCCCUGUCCAGGACAAUGAGCAUUGCAGACAACCUUGCUGGCUUGUCCUGCCUACCUGCUUCCCUGCUCCCUCGCUUUCCUCCUUCUCUCCUGCCCUCCAUCCACCUGCUUUCACUCAUCGGGGCUGGAGUUGGUCAUUCUUGUGCAUCCACAGUGGUACCUUUUACAGUCAGGUUAGGAUACUUUGCAGCUCAUCCAAAGAAACAUAACUAAACCCUAAACUCUUUUUUGUUGUUGUUGGUUUUUUUUUUUUUAAUGAUUAAAAAGUAAAAAUCGUAGUUU